CGCCGCGACCAGGGCAUAUUCGUUUCUGGGCUCUCGUGACGAGUUAGCGUGCAUCUCGUCGUUAUUCCGAUUAUCGCAGUAAGCUUCGAAAAGGUCCAGAAAACUACCAAACAACAUGAGGGAAAUCGUCCACAUUCAAGCCGGCCAGUGCGGUAACCAAAUUGGCGCAAAGUUUUGGGAAAUUAUCAGCGACGAGCAUGGUAUUGAUCCAACCGGUACCUACCACGGUGAUUCCGACCUUCAGCUGGAAAGAAUCAACGUGUACUACAAUGAAGCGUCCGGCGGUAAAUACGUACCACGUGCUGUUCUCGUCGAUCUGGAGCCAGGCACAAUGGAUUCCGUUCGCUCGGGACCUUUCGGACAAAUCUUCAGACCAGAUAACUUCGUGUUCGGACAGUCCGGAGCUGGUAACAACUGGGCAAAGGGUCAUUAUACCGAGGGUGCCGAACUGGUAGACUCCGUUCUCGAUGUAGUGAGGAAGGAAGCCGAAAGCUGCGAUUGCUUACAAGGUUUCCAACUGACUCACUCAUUGGGCGGUGGUACCGGAUCUGGUAUGGGAACACUGCUCAUCUCUAAAAUUCGUGAAGAAUAUCCCGAUAGAAUCAUGAACACAUACUCCGUCGUACCAUCUCCCAAAGUAUCGGACACUGUCGUCGAACCAUAUAACGCAACGCUUUCCGUACAUCAACUGGUAGAAAAUACAGAUGAGACAUACUGCAUUGACAACGAGGCCCUUUACGAUAUUUGCUUCCGCACUUUGAAACUGUCUACGCCUACUUACGGUGAUUUGAACCAUCUCGUAUCCCUCACGAUGUCCGGCGUCACCACUUGCCUGAGGUUCCCUGGUCAAUUGAACGCCGAUUUGAGAAAACUCGCUGUAAACAUGGUACCUUUCCCUCGUCUUCACUUCUUCAUGCCAGGUUUCGCACCACUCACGUCCCGUGGCAGUCAACAAUACAGAGCUCUCUCCGUGCCUGAACUUACCCAACAGAUGUUCGACGCAAAGAAUAUGAUGGCCGCUUGCGAUCCUAGGCACGGAAGGUAUCUCACCGUAGCAGCUAUUUUCCGUGGCAGAAUGUCGAUGAAAGAAGUCGACGAACAGAUGCUCAACAUCCAAAACAAGAACAGCUCCUACUUUGUCGAAUGGAUCCCGAACAACGUUAAAACGGCCGUCUGCGACAUCCCACCCCGCGGUUUGAAAAUGUCCGCCACCUUUAUCGGCAACUCCACAGCUAUUCAGGAGCUGUUCAAGAGAAUCUCCGAACAGUUCACCGCCAUGUUCAGGAGAAAGGCUUUCCUUCAUUGGUACACCGGCGAGGGUAUGGACGAGAUGGAGUUCACCGAGGCCGAGUCCAACAUGAACGAUCUGGUUUCGGAAUAUCAGCAAUACCAAGAAGCUACUGCCGACGAGGAAGCGGAAUUCGACGAGGAACAGGAACCAGAAGUCGAAGACAUGUAAACACCUAUUCUCUACUCUACUUACUACCUAUCAUCAUCCCUCCGUCGUUGUUCCCAUUCGUUCUCGUACUGCUUCUUAA